AUGGAGGCCUCUAAGCAUUUCUUGGUGAGCUAUCUUGAUUCAAUCAUUGGCAUUAAGGUGGACCUUUUCUCUGAAACAAGCAAGGGAAAAUCAGUUGUAUCAUGUGAUAAUUUUGCUGCCCAGCCACAUGCGAUAAUAAAAGAAAAUGGUCCUAAAUGGAGUGCUCCCAAAUCUGGAUGGGUCAAGUUAUCCACGGAUGGGUCUUAUGGUGAUGACGGCUCAGCAGGUUCUGGUAUGGUACUUCGAGAUGACAAAGGUGCGAUCAUAUUUUCUUCAUGCAGGCAACUAUUUUCAUGUCGGGAUUCUCUCGAAGCGGAGCUGAGUGCUUGUAUGGAAGGACUGUCGUUCGCAAUACAGAGAAGUGACCUUCCAGUGGAGAUAGAAAUGGAUUCAAUCGUAGCUUUCAAGUUGAUCCAGGCCAAGGAGAUUGAUAGAUCGGUCUACUCGUCGCUUAUUAUGGAGAUUAGGCACCUUAUGUCUCUUCGUGAUUCUUGUAUUACUCAUGUUGAUCGUAGCCAAAAUAAAGUUAGUGAUAGCAUAGCCAAAUUUGCUCGUGUAGGAGGCAGAACCAUGACUUGGAUUGGUUCGGGUCCUUCGGAUGCUAUCGAGCUAGCUACGAUUGAUUGUAUGAACUGCCUCAGUUGA